AUGGACUAUUGUAUAAGAGAAAUAGAGGGAAAGCAAGCACAUGACCCUUUGUUCAACAAGUUAUCAUCUUCUUCAACGGUGUGGGUUGAAGGGCCUGUGAUAGUAGGAGCUGGGCCCUCAGGGCUUGCAGCAGCCGCAUGUUUGAGAGAGAAAAGCAUCCAAAGUGUGAUUCUAGAAAGAUCCAAUUGCAUAGCUUCUCUGUGGCAGCUCAAGACCUAUGAUCGCCUACGCCUUCACCUUCCAAAGCAAUUCUGCGAGCUCCCCUUCAUGCCCUUCCCUUCCCACUUCCCCACAUACCCUUCCAAGCAACAGUUCGUGGAGUACUUGGAAACUUACGCGCAAAAGUUCAAAAUUAGACCAAGGUUCAAUGAGACGGUGCAGCAUGCAGAGUUUGACGCGAAACUCGCGCUGUGGCGGGUGAAGAGCCUCGACAAGGCGGAGAACACGACGGAGUACAUGUGCCGGUGGCUGAUCGUGGCCACCGGCGAGAAUGCCGAGGCGGUGGUGCCCGAUAUAGAAGGGGUACAAGAGUUUGGUGCGCCCAUUAGACACACGGGUUUGUAUAAGAGUGGAGAAGAGUUCAGAGGGAAAAGGGUUUUGGUGGUGGGGUGUGGAAAUUCUGGCAUGGAAGUUUGCUUAGAUCUUUGCAACCAUAAUGCUACUCCUUCACUUGUCGUCAGAGACACAGUACACGUCCUACCACGAGAGAUGCUGGGAAAAUCAACUUUCGGGUUGUCCAUGUGGUUGCUGAAGUGGUUACCCAUGCGACUUGUCGAUCGAUUCUUGCUAAUGGUGUCAUGGCUUAUGCUUGGUGACACUUCUGAAUUGGGAUUGGAUCGACCGUGUUUGGGUCCCCUCGAACUCAAAAACAUGUCAGGAAAGACCCCUGUGCUAGAUGUGGGUACCCUUGCCAAGAUUAAAGGUGGAGACAUUAAGGUACGUCCAGGCAUUAAGCGGCUUAAACGUCACACAGUGGAAUUUGUGGAUGGAAGGGCAGAGAAUUAUGAUGCAAUCAUAUUGGCAACUGGUUACAAAAGCAAUGUGCCCUAUUGGCUUAAGGACGAAGAUAUGUUUUCUAAGGAAGAUGGGUAUCCUAUGAGGCCAUUUCCAAAUGGGUGGAAAGGUAAAAAUGGUCUCUAUGCUGUGGGUUUUACCAAAAAGGGACUACUCGGUGCAUCCAUGGAUGCAAAGAGAAUAGCUCAAGACAUUGAAUGGUGUUGGGAAGCUGAGGCAAAUCAUAGAACUGCUUUUGCACGCUCACACUUGCCGCAACCAAAUUCAUAG